CUAACUUUGUCUCAAAUAUGUGGAGAAACAGUUGACAAAUAUAAGAAAAAAUAUGUGGAGAAACAGUUUCUCGCCACUCUUAGCCGAUUACACAAAACUACAAUCAAGUAUACAAAACUACAAUCGAGUAUACAAAACUACAAUCGACUAUUGCAUUCUCUUGCUCUAACUUUGUCUCAAAUGGCGUCAUCCAUGUCUUCACCGAUUUACUACGUGUCGGCAUUACGGCCGUUCAAUAAACGAUCAUUUCUGUCUUCUUCCUUAACAUCUCCGACUGUUCUCCGGCGAACUUCGCCGCCGAAUAUUAGGUUACCGGCGAGCUUGAGUUCGAAUCUUUGGAGCGGUAAACGUCGAAGAUAUUUGUGUGGCGACGGUGUAAUUGUUAGAGCUGAAGAUAGGGUUGGAAAUUCUUCUACAUCACCUCAAAUUAAGUCUCAGGAACUAAUACCGUCUUCAGGAGAAUGUGAUCCUAUAUGUUCUAUCGAUGAAACAAGCUCCCAAGAUUUAGAAGCCAAUUACGAGCCAAAGACUGAUUUUGUGAAGGCUCUUGCUGUUUUUGCAGUUGCUCUGACGGGUACAGUAGCCAUUAACCAUUCUUGGGUUGCUGCAAAUCAGGAUCUUGCUAUGACAUUGCUUUUUGGCAUAGGAUACAUUGGGAUAAUAUUUGAGGAAUCUUUAGCCUUCAACAAAAGUGGAGUAGGAUUACUCAUGGGAGUAAGCUUGUGGGCCGUUAGAUGUAUAGGGGCUCCUUCUACGGAGGUAGCUAUGUCAGAGCUAGAGCAUGCUACAGCUGAAGUGAGCCAAAUUGUAUUCUUUCUACUAGGUGCAAUGACAAUUGUCGAAAUAGUUGAUGCUCAUCAAGGCUUUAAACUAGUCACCGAGAACAUUACAACGCGUAAGCCGCGUACUCUCCUAUGGGUGAUUGGUUUUGUGACCUUUUUCCUGAGUGCAAUUCUUGACAAUCUGACAUCUACAAUAGUCAUGGUUUCUUUAUUAAGGAAACUAGUUCCCCCAUCAGAAUACCGCAAGAUUUUAGGAGCUGUUAUUGUCAUUGCUGCAAAUGCUGGAGGUGCUUGGACUCCCAUUGGUGAUGUCACAACUACGAUGCUUUGGAUACACGGUCAGAUAUCCACACUGCCAACAAUGAAGGACUUGGUUAUACCUUCUGCUAUCUCAUUGGCUGUCCCAUUGGCCCUUAUGUCUCUUACAAGUGAAGUGAAUGGAAAGGGGCUAGAAACUUCCAGUGUCUUGGCAUCUGAGCAGAUGGCACCUCGAGGACAGCUUGUUUUCUCAGUGGGAAUUGGUGCUUUGAUCUUUGUUCCUGUGUUCAAAGCCUUAACUGGUCUGCCCCCAUAUAUGGGUAUGCUAUUAGGACUGGGUGUUCUCUGGAUUUUGACAGAUGCCAUUCAUUAUGGUGAAUCAGAAAGACAGAAACUGAAGGUUCCCCAAGCAUUGUCUCGAAUUGAUACUCAAGGAGCUCUUUUUUUCCUAGGGAUUCUUUUGUCUGUUAGCAGCUUGGAAGCAGCAGGAAUCCUUCGGGAGCUGGCAAAUUACCUUGAUUCCCAUAUCCCAAAUGUUGAACUGAUUGCUAGUGCAAUAGGAGUUUUUUCAGCAAUUAUAGACAAUGUUCCUCUUGUUGCUGCCACAAUGGGAAUGUAUGAUGUAUCUAGUUUCCCGAAAGACUCUGAAUUCUGGCAGUUGGUUGCAUAUUGUGCUGGCACUGGCGGUUCCAUGCUAAUUAUAGGAUCUGCUGCCGGAGUUGCAUUUAUGGGCUUGGAAAAGAUCGAUUUCUUUUGGUACUUGAGGAAGGUGAGUGGUUUUGCUUUUGCUGGUUAUGCAGCGGGAAUUGCAGCUUAUUUGGCAUUGCAUAACCUCAAUAUCUCUCUGCCUACUACAAUCGCCCAUGUUCCGUUCCUGACUGGUUGAAUUAUUCUCCUGGAAGUUUGCAACAUUCAUUCGCUUUAAGCAAAAUUCGGACUAGAAACGGUCUGUGAGCUGUAUAAUGUAAAGACUCAGAAUUAAUGCACUUGUGAAUAUUCUUAUAUCUUUAGCUGGCAUAAAAAAAUUAUAUUGAAUCUGUUUUACGUCCAUACUUUUGUAAUUAUUAAAGACUUAAAGGUAAACUUUUGUUUGUA